UAAAGUAGAUAUGCAGCUAGCUAGCAAGCUAGAAAACGAACAUAGCUGAUGUUGUUUGGAAAUGACUGUUAAUUUAAUCAUAUGUUUAAUUUAGCUUAAAAUAUACCGAUUUACUUCCGCUGUGCCUUUCGUGAACUGAGACAAGUCUACAAGAGAGCCAAGCGUUUGCAUUGCUGGCUACCUACCUAGCUAGCAACGUAGCUAGCUUGCGUUAAUAAUAGACCCAUCUCCUCAGAAAUUCCUGAAUUCAUAAUGGGAGGAGUAAAACAAGAACAGCAUGAAGCCCCUGCAUCGAAGAGUUCCCAUCAUACAGAUUCCACUCAGGAAGAAAACAUACUUUCACUCACUACACAGCCUGUUAAGAAGCGUGGCUGGCCCAAGGGUAAGAAGAGAAAGAAGGUUUUACCCAAUGGUCCCAAAGCACCAGUGACCGGCUAUGUGCGUUUCCUCAAUGAGCGACGGGAACAGAUUCGAGCUUUGCACCCUGACCUCCCUUUCCCCGAAAUUACCAAGAGACUUGGCGCAGAAUGGAGUCGCCUCGCCCCCCAUGAUAAACAGCGUUACCUGGAUGAAGCAGAGCGAGAAAAAAUGCAAUAUGCACGAGAACUAAGAGAGUAUCAGAAGAGUGAAGCAUACCAGCUUACAAAUGCCAAAAUCCAGGACAAAAGAAUUAAGAAAGAGGAGUUACCAUCUGUUAUCAUCAAUGCUAAUAGUUCAGGAUCUUCCACUUUCAAACAUUCCCUUCUUCAGAGUUCAGACCUCUCCAACAGAUUUGAUGUGCCUAUUUUUACUGAAGAGUUCCUGGACCAGAACAAAGCACGGGAGGCAGAGCUUCGGCGACUGCGGAAGGCUAACGUGGACUUUGAGGAGCAGAAUGCUGUCUUACAGAAGCACAUUGCUGACAUGUUCAGUGCCAAAGAGCGAUUAGAGGCUGAACUUGGUCAGGAUGAGCUCCGCACUCAAGCUUUGCAUCGCAGACUUCAAGCUAUUAAACAGGCAUUGGUCAGCAGUUUGGCCUCCGUGCCUCUGCCAGGUACAGGAGAGACCCCCUCGGUUGGAACUCUAGACUCAUACCUAAGCCGCUUGAGCAGUACCUUAGAGAGCAGUCCUCAUGAGCACCGGGCCCUACUGCUCAAGCUUCAAGAGCUUUUGGCUCACCUGGAUAGUGAGAAACUUUGAGAACCACAGGCAGCUGUGCACAUUCAAGUGUACACUUAGGCAAUCUGAAAGUGCCAGGUGGGCUUUUACAGCCCAGUAUUGUGAAUAAAAAUCUCUGCCUUACAAGGUGUAGCUUGGUGCCUGAAGAUCUAACUUGACAAAUUUUAACUGUUUUUGUUGUUGUCCUUUUGGUUUUGUUUGUUUAAUUUGUUGCUUGUACCUGAGAAUAAUGCAACUGUGCUUGCCUUUUGUUUUGUGUAUUAUUUUCUAUUAGCUGGUAAUACAGCAUGCUAUAAAUUAGGUUAACUAUAUUCUUUACCUUUGGAUUUGCUAUAAAAUGUGAAAUGGUUGGUUUGCCUAAUUUAUCUAAACACCAUUUUAAAACUGUUUUCAUUCCUGAAAUGUAAUUAGAUAUGUUACUAAUUGCUAAUUUGAAAUUAAGUUUCUGAGUUAUUACAUUACAUUUUUGGGGGUUUAAGGAAGUAUUUUACAAUUAUGUAUUAUAAUUGUAUAUUUGAUUGGAAAUCUGUUCCCAUAAGUAGAAUAAUUACAACAGGGAAUGUUUUGAUGUCACAAUGGAUGAAGUGUAAAAAAUCAAAACACAAAUAAAACUUUCAUUUAAAUGUAAA